UUUCUCAGCAAGAGUUGGCAGCACUGGUUGCGGGGGUUCAACAGGGUGACUAGUGCAAUACUAUAGUAAACAAAUGCGUUUGUUUUGUCCCAUAAAAUGAUUUAAUAGAAAGAUGGCAAUGCUGCAAACAUGUCGAGCUUGCAUGGGAAGUUUCGAAAUCAUGGUCAACAUAUUCGAUGUUUCCCCAGACUUGGGCAUUAUAAUUUCUGAUUUGAUAUCUCAAUGUACUGGAUACCCGGUUUCUGUAGGGGAUUCCCUACCCGAAACCAUCUGUAAACCCUGUCUAAAAGAAACAACAAGUGCCUUUAGGAUAAUCAAAAAGUACGAGAGGAGUUACCAGUUUUACAAGCAAUUUAAAAAGCAAGAGGAUAACGGCCAAUUCAAAAUAGAUGUCGAUUUACUAGGGAAAGAAGACAGCAACAUAUUGCAUAAUUCGGAUAAUGCCGAGGAAACGGAAAUCCCACAAUUUAAGUUCCCAGUGAGCAUAAAAGAUACCGGAGAAGAUUUGACAGGAGAAAAUUAUUUUAAAAAAAAUCGGUUCCAAAGUCAAGUUAAGAUAGAAAACCCUAAAGAGGAUUUGCCAGAAGAUGGGUCUUCAAAAGAUGAUGUCCUCCAAGGCCAAGAAAAUAUGGACCCCGAAGAAGAAGAGUCUUCAAACGAUAAUCAGUUUCAAUCCAAUGUGAAUAUAGAAGAUUUGCCAGAGAAAGGGUCUUUAGAAGGUCACCAGUUGCAAUGCCAAGUGAAGAUGGAAAACUUCGAAGAGGAUUUGUCUGAAGAAGGGGAUGCAGAAGAUGACCUAUUUCAGGUGAAAAACGAGCCAGUUGAAGAAGACCUUUCAGAGGAGGAAGACGAUCAGUACGAUUACGCAGUAAAGACUGGAGACGUCGAGGAUGAUGUCCAGGAUAAUAAUGAGCACGAAGAAGCCCCUCGCAAGCACAAGUGUCCUCAUUGCCCGAAAAGCUAUCAUCGCUUGUUCGCUCUCAAAGAACACAUCAUAGUUCACUCGCAGGACAAACCCUUUCAAUGUCCCCACUGCCCGAAGCGAUUCAAAUCGGCCAAGUAUCUCAAAGAACACAACUCCAUUCACACCGGCGAAAGGCCUUUUAAGUGCACCCAUUGCUCGAAAAGUUAUCGCCGCAAAACCUGUCUUCAGCGGCAUAUUCAGACAUACACUGGCGUUCGACCCUUCAAAUGCACCCACUGUCCAAAGACUUUCACAAAAGACUAUGAUCUUCAGUCGCACAUUCGUAAUUACUCGGGCGAAAAACCAUUCAAGUGCUCCAAAUGCCCCAAAUCUUUUGCCACACAGUCUGUGCGAAACGUACACAACCGAAUUCACAUAGGCGAUAAACCAUUCAAGUGCAACCUAUGUCCGCGGGUGUUUCUUUGGAAGGCAAGUUUUGAGGGGCACAUGCGAACACACACUGGAUGCAGCACUUUCAAGUGUUCCAUAUGCUCAACUACAUUUGGAUCCGAAUAUUCUCUUAAGCGUCAUACGCAGCGAACUCACAAAUGAUCUUUUAUCCUUAAGAUGUGAUCAGUUAUCCAGUGAUCACACAUCCUAGGCAAAAGAAAAAAUGUGUACAAGAAAAUUAUUUGUAUGAUUUCAUUAUUAUUUUAACAUUUUUAUUUGUUUUGGACAAAAUUUAAAAAUAAUAUUUGGCUAUAUUUUAU